GCCCUAAUUAGUCACCUUACGGUUCAGUGCCCCCCGGGAUGAAAAGAACCUGUAGUACGGCUGGGUUAAUACUCUACCCAGAACAAUUGAUGUCUUGGGCGGGGCCUCUUGAAUGAAUCACCGAUCUUAGCUUACAGUUGUGGGUCAAAGGUUGAGCGACAUUUUACUUGAAUUUGCUUCCCCUUGAGGCUGAUGGUUGUAGCGUGCGCUGUUACUCAACCAGGGAAACAUUCCCCAUUUCGAAUUGAUUUUCUCUAACGCCGGGGAGAUCUUUAACAACUUCUUUACGCGGGCAGCGCGAGACAGUCGCAUCGCUAUUCACCACAUGCGACCUUCACCUUGGAUGGCAUGUACUCUGCUCUAGUGUGACGUCAAAAUUUCCCCUCCUUCCUCCGAGGCGAGACACACACUUCACCGGCGGAAGAAACAAAAUACAGCAGAGACCCCCCAAAUUGGAUAUACGUGAACGAUGGACAGAAAUUAAGGAUAUUUAACUGGUGGUGAAUCAUUCUUAUGUAUGCCUGGUGUUGUUGAUAUGGCAUCAGUUCCGACAUGGUCACAGCCGAGUCUGUCAGCGACCGGAUCAGAAGACAUUGACAGGUUUCGUUCAACAUGGAGACGGGAGGGUGAAGAACGAAGCAGGGUAACUAGUGACCCUAUAAUCGUGAAUGGGAUCCGAUCUGGAAGUGACAUAUGUGUAGACGAACAGGACACUAACACUUCAAUCAUGGCGGGGAAACGUAAGGUGGGACAACUGAAUGAUUCUGAUCAUAUUGUGUCUGUUCACAACAAUCCUUUUUUCAAAACUUAUGGGAUUCGAACCCAGCGACCCGAGAGCCGCAUUGACGAUCCGAGUGUGCAAGAGGGAUCUGGUGGUCUUAGAUCAGCAAAUAUCAAAGAAAAUGAUGGUGUAUUUGAAGAUGAUGAACCACAGGUAUACAAGCCAGGAUCAGGAUUUGUACACAAACUUAUGGGCAAGUUUUCCUCUCUCUCCACAAGGGACGACUACAGCUACAGACCCAAACGGACUUCGAGUUUGGAAAACCUUUUAGACGAUCACAGACGUGAUACGUGUAAUAAAAAUGAUGUUCCCAGACGCGUCCAAGAAGGAUUGUCUAGCUUCAGUAAGAGUGUUGAAAAUGUUAACCAUAUGAGUAAACCUCCUCGCCCACUUAGGGUACCCACUUACCGUUCAAUUUCAGAGUCAAGUGAUACAAAAUCUAAAGUAAAAUCGCCAAGAGAAUCAGCUGAUGCAGCUUUCUUAGGCCGAGAGGACAUUAUUAUCAUUGAAAAAGAACAAUCGGAGAAACAAGACCAAAAAUUAUCUCAGGCAUUGGAUAGUCCAGGAAAAUUCAGUGAACCCCAGGUAAUGAGUUUGAAGGAUGACACUAGCAAUAUUGAUGAGCUUCCAAAACCCAAUACAGUUCUCAGUGUGCGCAGCAUGUUUGAAAAGCCGACACCCACCCCUCCUAUGCCAGUGUACACAACUGCCACAGGGCCUGUCGUUGUUUCGCCAACAAAUAAUUUGAAAAGCCCGCCUUUCUCUUCACACAAGAUUGUUAGCAAAGUUUCACCGUCUGUAUCUACAGAGUCUACACAGAGUAGUGUUUCCAAGGCAACAGAGGCAGCAUCUGGGUCAUCAAAAAAGCGCAUGGCUCCGCAACCACCUGUCGGAGCACAGUUAGAUCAGAAGAGUGGUUUGCCAACACCACGACCUCGGUCAAGACAGAGUCCUGUUAUUGCUGUGGCCCCUUUCGUUAAUGACGCAAAUUUGGUCAAUCAAGAUAUAGAAGUUAUCAAAACUGGAAAUAACUCGAAUGUUGAAUCAGGCGGUAUUUGGCCUGAAGAAUCAGUGGCUAAGGUCUUUGAUUCCUCAGCAGUUAUAAAAGCACCAAAAGCUCCGGUGCGAGCAUCUAAAACUAAACAGUAUUCUGCUUCAACUGUAAAAGAGACCUCUGAAAAACGCAGCACAAACUCAUCUACAAAAUCCAACUCAGAUUUCAAGAUGGACAAAGAGAAGCCAUCAGAGGCUGAUACAAAAACUAGCAUCAAUGGAACCAGCUCAAAUGGUGGCUCCUCAACAGUGGAACCAGUCUACCAACAAGAACCAAGCUCAAGGAUUCAAACAAGUGUUCGUUAUGAAAACAAUUCGAAAUUUGAUAAUAUAUUUCCAAGUGAAAAAUCCAUUAGUGACUUGGAUACCCAUUUGGAUUUACAUUCACAAGAUGAAACUCCCGUGGAAUGUCUGCCAGAAGGAUCUGGACCGAUGAAGGGAAUUCCACGCUUUAUAUCAGAACGGUUAAAGAAAGAUGGGAACCAAACAGGACAUCAUCAAUCAUCGGUCGUAAAUAAUUCUUCUAGUCAAGAGGAAAACAGUAUACGAUCCUCCUCGUCUCAGUCAGAGGCCGAUCCCCCAGUAGCAAGAAAACGUAAGAACAAUGCUCCAAUAGAAGAGCCCCCAGAACCACAAGAACCUAACAACCUUUUGAAUUUUAGAAAAAAUCUAAAAUCUGUUUCCGAAUCUAAAAAACCAGUGUCUCAGGUUUUUGAUACGAGUCAAAUUGUCCGGACACCUGUAAACCACAUUCCAAGACUGGAUCUAUCUAGUAUUACUGACGAUCAGCGUAAUGGCUUUCACCCGCAGGAGGGAUACAAACCCACGGAUAUUAAACCGUGUACGAUCAUCUUCAUUGGUGCCAAUGUUAAGACGGGUCGGUCGCUGCUAGACAAGAAGAAAAUGACAAAGGGAAAGAUCACCUUCAAUGACGACCACAACCAGAUGUUCGAGUACCCGUCUGAGGAGGCCUUGCUGUCCGACUACCUGGUCCUGCAUCCUGACGAGCCAUCAGAAAUACUCAUCCUGGAAGAUGUGGGGUCUACCAUGACUGAGUCCUCCGACGAUGACGCCCACCCUCAGACCCCCAGAGGAGAAGAAGGGCAAGGAGGAGACGAGAAACUCAAGUCCAACACAUCUAUUACACACUCAGGUGGCUUGUCCAGUUAUAAAACCAAGUACAGUAUGGAUUUUGAAUUCGGAGUACCCAUGGACGAACCCGAACCUGAACCAGUUGUGGAACGUAUGAUCGAGGAAGACCCGCAAGGCCAGGCCAUUCCUGCAGAUGAGGAAACAACAUGGUCCACAGAAACCACCUCCGACCUCUUGUUCUAGAAACUUUUAUCAGUGCACGGAAAUACGCAACAAGAGAACAUUUUGUACAAACAUGUACGUACAAGUUUACUUGGAAGAUCUCCUUGAUGGCCAAAGGUGCAGUGGUUAUUGACUAAAGGGAGACAACUCUGUUCUUGUGCGUUGGGUAUCCCUUAGAUAGUGGGUAGGGACAUAUUGUAAUAUACUCUUAUGUGUGUUUUUGCAUUAUUUACACCGUUAUACGUGUAUUAGAUCCAUAUUGUGGCUCUCGUCAAGACGAGGCAAUUCUUCUGGACUUGCCUAGGAUCUUCAUCGACUCGGACGUUGUCUUUGUGUAUGUAUAUUGGAUGGAACUACUUGUGUGCCAAGAACGCCCUAGUUAUGUAUUCAUACACAGUGGAUUUUUAUCUUUGAACAUACCCAGUUAGUUACAAGCUUGAUCAAUGGAUAUGUUUGAUAGAAUAGUUUGUGUGUCAAAUGAGGAACUUACAGGGGUACUUGUAGAACUGCCUUGCAGCAGGAGUGGUUCAAGGAAAAAGAUUAUUUUACAACAUAUUGUUGAACCAAUCAUCGUUGCAGUGUUUUUAUUAUUCAUGAAAAUUUAUAACAAAGUUUUGUCUGAUAUUUGGGGAGUAUACACUUUUCCACUUCCUGAAUCGGAAAGGAUACAUACAUUUGCUUCUCAAGCAAGUUAUAUUAAAAGAUUAUAAGAGCUAGUGGAAGCAACAAAUAGAGAGUUUCCCUUAUUACACUGGUAACCAUAGUAACUGUUGCUGGAUAAUAUAAUAAUUAGCAUCUGUGAUGGGAUAUAUUAUGAAUAAGGUAUAUAUUAUGAGAGUAUGGUAUCUAUCAUCCGAAUAUCAUACUGUGGUGUUUUAUGCAGCCUGGGCCAAUCAAAAUUUCAGUAGUUUAAUACUUCAGAGGUCAUCUGACAUUUUCCAUUUCUUAUUGAAGUUUUCAUCAUGUUUACAUCAUAAUAAAAUGUUCAGAAACAUGAUUUGUAAUAACAAAGUAUAAAGGUAACCGUUUUUCUCCUUGGGUCAUCCGACGCCGAACAUGGCACUUUGCUGAUUAGUCCCCCUAAUGCAGUGUGUAAUCAUGUGAUAUGUUUACAUACAUCCUGACUGGGGUGUUUCAUUUAAAAGAGUGGUUUUACUAUAUAUGUUUUCAUCCAGCACGCACCAUUUCAUUCCAUUACUUUCAAACAUCUGAAACUCUGUCUCUGUCUCAGUCUGUGUGUGUGCACAUACUCCUACAGGAAGUGGUGUCUGGGAACAUAAUGCCAGGUGAACUCUGGAAACAGGAAAAUACUCAAUAGGUCAAAUACGUCCAAGAACAGGUUCCUCCUGUGUUGAAGGGAGAUAACUCCUGUUCCUGCUGGUGUUCGGGGGUUACAGUGUUGUACAGAAGCCUAUGUCUACGUGAUGUUGAAUCUUCUUGCCAGAACAGUAUGAUGGAAGUUGUCUUUGUGUUGCUGUUUGUCCCUUUUAUCAUUUCGCUAUGUAUGUAUCCCGAUACAAGGAAAGAUGGCUACAAUCUCAAUGACCAUAUAUUUGAAGGUUCAAUGCUAACAAUCGUUUAACACUUUGACCAGGGGCAGAUAACCCUUUGAUGUUUGAUGAUGAGAUGUAUAUAGAUGUCAAGCAUUGUCAGUAAGUCAGGAAUGUUCUUGAAGGUCAGCUGUAGUUCUCAGGAAAUAUGUUCUUGUCUGAUUCGACUUUCUGCUCAGAAAAAUAAUAAUAUUCUGCGCAUAUUUAACUUUUGUAGAGAUCGUUUUAAGAAGCCGAUUUGAAGCCCUCAGGGUUCAGGAGGAUACAUAACUGUUAAAGAAAUCUCCAUAUUUGCAUAUGAUAUUUUUGGAUAAUAAUAUUUUAAUAUAUUUGGACCAAAUCUGUACUCAGCAAAUUAAUUAAGACCAAUUCAUCAUUUGAACAUGUUUUUCAUAAGUUUGUGUUUCAUCAUCACAAUCACUAACCAGUUGGCCCAAGGGAGGUAAGUCUGUAAGACUGUGUUUCCCAUACACUGGAACAGCAGUAAAAUCUCAUUGUCGGUUAUUUGUAAAAUUUGUAUCAGUUGAAAUGUGUUCAAAGACCAUUAAGAAUUCUUUUUUUUUACAAUUUGUUCGGUUAUUUACAAUUUCCCUCAGCUUUAUCACAUUCAUUCCUCUUAAAGCUUUGCACCUCUGCAUUCCUUUGUGCUAAAAUGUUCUUCUUUCAACUGCACAUUGCCAUGUUUGAUGAUUUGUUUUACUUCAUACAUUUCGUAUUUUUAUAAUUCUGCAUAUGAUCUGUCUGUAUUUAUUGAUGGCCGAAGAUUGUGCAUUCGUACUGAAAAGCGUUUAAGUUGUUUUGCAGAUAAAUCUUCUUCUUUUUUUCAUAUUUUUUCAUCAAAUUUUAACCUAUUUUAAAAAACUUAUUUCAUUUUCAAACUUUAUGAACAGAUUAAUCAGCCAGAUAUUUCAUAUAUACCUUUAAUUGUUGACAAUUUUUUCAGAUACAAAAAUAGUAUAAAAUGUAUGAUAUUUAUGGAGAAUGGAUAACAUUAUUACACCUUAAUGUCAGUAGUAAAAUUGUUUUGUUACAUGAUUACUACAUAUAUACCAUAAAACAUAAACCUAUUUUUGUAGAUAAUUAGUAUAUUUUUUAAUAUGUUUAUCCAUCUACAGAUAUAGUUUUCUUUUCACCUCUGAUUUGAUGCUUUUGAGAGAGUGUACUGUUUUCCUGAAACUAUGUGUCAUUUCAUGAUGUUUACCCAUCAACUAUCUCAAUCAUGUGUGGUUCAUUAUAUAAAAAUCAAUACUGUAAUGACAAACAUUGACGAAGUACAAUAGAGAACUGAUAUAAUAAAUACUUCAAAAAUGUACCGUGAAAUAUUCAGCUAUGUAACCAAUUAUACAUCUUUUUAUUCCAUGUUUUUGAAGGUAAAUUAGUUGUAUUCUUGGCAAUUUAUGCUUAAUAGCAUUUUUAACAAACAUUUCUGAAUUAACAUUCCAUCUAUACCCAACACUUUUACUAUUUUUCUGAAUAAGCUCACGCUGUUUCAUGUCCACCUAAUGUUUUAUUUUGUGCCAGUGAGAUUUCAGUGAAAAAAAUGCACUUUUUAUGAUGUAUCCAUUUAUAGAAACGUAAAUAUGAUGGGGAACAUCUUAGUAUGUUCCUUUGUAGAAUAAUUCAAGGGAGGUAACUCUGUAAAAUGCAUCUUAGGAUACCACAACAAAAUAUCCUUCCUAUGUCUUGUAUAUAUGUACAUCUAUGCAUGUUUGUACCAUAACUAUGUAAACACUGUACAUAAGUAACACUGCAUCUGCUGAAAGUGCAAAGCUUAUGUUUUUAUUGUUGUGUACAAAAAGAGACAUGUUUUACAUUAAUUUGAUUUAUUAGUAUUCAAUGACACUGGUGUUUUAUUAGCAUUGUAGAGUUUUGAAGAAUUCCAGAAAAAUAUGUAGGUAUCACCAUAUAAACCUAGAAUGUAUGAAUAUUUUACUUGUGAGAGUAGCUGGCCUACUGUCCACAUGUAUAAUGAUUGAUUUGUCCUGAUUUGAGUGGUCUGCACAAUAGUGCUGCAUUGAUUAUCUCCCGUUAUAAAUACAUGUAGUCUCAUUUCCACAUAGCAAACUCCUCACAGCACUACCCCGUUUGCGGAGCUCUCUGUAAUAUCUGCCACCAAUUUUAUUAGUUUGGUGAUAGGAAUGUUAUGUACCUCUGUAAAACUGAGAUAAUGCUAUAACAAAGGGGGAAACCACAUGGUAAUUCUGUAACAAAGGGGGAAACCACGUGGUAAUUCUGUAACAAAGGGGGAAACCACGUGGUAAUUCUGUAACAAA